AUGGGUAUAAAGAACAUUGAUCUCCUCGACGAGCCCUUUCCAGAUUUAUUUUGCGGCGUAUGCCAAGACAUCCUAGAAGAUCCUGUUCAAGUACACUGCCCUGAAGACCAUAUCUUUUGCAGCAAUUGUAUCAACAACUACACAAAGCAGCAAGCCACAUGUCCAGUUUGCCAAAUACCUGUGGAUCCAUCCAAGUUUCAAUCAUCCAAGUUUGUGCAGCGUCAAAUUGGUCGACUACGUAUUCGAUGUCCUUACCAUCAAUCUGGUUGUACAUGGCAAGGGUUUUUCUCUGAUGAUCAUCCACGACAGUGUGCUUUCGAACCAGCUGAAUGUCCAAAUGCAAAUCGUGGAUGCAAAGAGCGUGUACAACGAACCGAGAUUGACCAACAUCGUGCUCGAUGCCCUUUCGAAUUGCUGACGUGUCCCAACUUGAUGCCAUUAUGCGAACCUUAUCUACGCAAAGACAAAGACAUCCAUGAGAAGAAUUGUCGAUCUUAUCCAUGUCAUUAUGGUCUAUCUGGAUGUCCUUUUGUUGGUACUUUGGUCGAGGUGAAUGCUCAUUGUGAGAUCUAUUGCGGCAAAUUACAUCAACGCUUGAAGGAAUUGGAAGAUGAAUGUGCACGUUUGAAGAAGAUUGUAUCCAACUACGAGAAUGGGAACGAGAUGCAGGCAUCUAAGCAAUCUGCUAGUGCACUUGACGAUAUGGACUUGUUACAACAAGUACUCAACAAUGAUGAUUAUCUCAACUUAUUGAAUGCAACACCCGAUAGCAAACCUGUUGAUCAGCACCCAAUGCCGGCUACAGCACCGAUUUCAGGAUUACAACCAACACCCAGUAACAUGUCUGAUUUGAUGGAUUUGAGUGAUUGCUUAACACCUGCUCCUAUCAAUCCAAGUGGAACACCUUCUCUCGCUACUAUUCCUAAACGCGCACCCAAUGGAAAGAUCAUUCGCUACAGCAAAAACGCUCGACUCGCUCAAAGUGCACGACGCAUGGCACGUCAACAACAAGCACAAGGUCUUCACGAACUUAGUCCUUUUGAUGCUUUAUUGGAAGAAUUGGAUAUCAGAUCCCCCUCAUCCAUGCAUGCCUUGUCACCACCACCACCACCUCCUCCACCAACGUCGGCAGCAGCAACACCUUUAACCAACAAUAAUCGAUUUACACAAUCCUCCUCCUCCCAAGCCAACAAUCCAUUCUCUUUUAAGAAUCUCGACGAUGUAUCAAAGUUUUUGGCUGAUUUCCCCGAACCAGUGCCUAGUGAAGACGAUACCAGGAGUAAAGAGUCGACAUCUCGUUAUCCACCCUCACCUUCUUCCAAACAACUAUCUUCACAACAACGCAAAUCGGGAACCGAAAGGAAAAAAGCAUCCAUUUCGACAUCAGUUAGAUCACCCAAGGCUGUCACAUCACCUUCUCCUUCAAAUCAUACUUCUCCAUCCCCGGCUGGAAGUGCGGCUCCAAAGCGCAACAUGUUCGUACUCGCCUCUUCUUAUCUCACCAACUAUGGAAACAACAACAACAACAACAACACUAGUAGUAGUAGUAAUAGUAACAAUCGAUCCACCUCUAAUAAUGCAUGA